GGUUAGUUGACCAUCCCAUCCACUUACUGGUCCAUCGAACAUGUUUUUCUAAUACCUACUUCUAGAAAGGAAGCAUAGUAAUUUUUCUACUCUGCAUAUCGUAGCAAUCACUUUAUACAAGUACACACAAUGUUUGAGUUUCCCGGCGCAAAACGCGUCCGUCGUGAAGAUCUACGGUCCCGUCGCUCCUCCCGUUCGCCAUCCCCUCCAGAUAGCACCGCAGCCACAUACGCCGCAAACGCCCUACGAAACAUAUUCUCGUCGGUAGAAACAUAUACUCCCCCUACCCCAAAAGCAACACACCCCGAGCCAGACUUGGAACAUAUCCAGGAUGAAGAGGAGGAGCAGGAGUUCGAGUUCAGACUAUUUCACGUCCCACCAGCGCGUGCCGGAAAGUGUGUAUCGGAACCCACCCGAGGGGUGAAAUCUAGGGAUGAAAGCGAAGGUGACCAUAACGAUGGACCACAGCAAAUUGAUGUGAAAGAUGCUGGGAUUCAGAAAUUCAGGAUCAAAUUGCGAUCACCUACGCCUACCGCUAAUGAUGGGGUGGGUGGAUUUGUCGUCCCGUUUCGGGGUUGGGAGUAUUAUUUCUCGGACCCUGAGUGGGCUAAGCGGAAAAUGGCGGGGGAUAGAAUAGAGGCCCGGACUGUCGAUUUGGAUACACGGCAGAAGCAAAUAUUUGUUGAUGCUGCAGUUAGUGGGGAAACAAUACUUGAAGGGGCAAAGAAGUGCGCAUGGCCUGGCUGCCAUCUUUCAUGGCGAGUCAUCCAUCUCCAAACAACACCAUCCAAAACUAAAUCGAAAGUUCCGUCAGACUCUUCACAGACAAAAGGUGUCACGCUUUUAAACCCAUUAACCACGAAAGCGCCCAAAUCCCGAAAAAAACCCGGCAAGAAGCGACGUAUCGUACUGCGCCGUCGUCUUGCUGCCACUCGAACUGCGGAAGCGGCUGAAAGAGAAAAGCGAAUGAGGAGAAACCGAGAGAAGAAGAUUAAAAAGAGGUUGAAGGAAAAGGAAAAGAAAGCUACCCUCCGUGAUGGUAGAGGUGAGCAAGAGGGAAGUGCAGGUCGUGAGAUGAUGAAUAAUGAUAGAGACGAUUAACCGGACAGAACUCAACCGAACGCAUGCUGGUGAACCUCUGGCAGGCUGGAUAGGCGCGCACAAAUGAACGCAUAUGACCAAAGAAAAGACGGCGUCUGUGACAUUGGGAAGGGCAAUUCGCCGCGAACGGGAAGCCGGGAGGGAGGUGCUGGAGUUCUGUUUCCCUGAGGUGCAUGGAGCAACAUAUGCCACCGUGUACCCAUAAUACCUUUGAUCUAUGCUCGCGAAAAUAGUUUCGGCCUAACUCGCUUCUCACAGCGUCAAAAAUAAGUACAUGUACAUAAAUAAAAAAUAGUGAUAAGAGUAGAUUAGAUGUAAACGUGAGGAUGAAAGAGAAAGAAGGGAAGCAAGAAAAGAGGAGGGCAAGAUGAAAUAAACCAGAACCAGAGACACCUACUUGAUGUUGGCGGCUGCUUCCAUAUUGUAGAAAUUUAAAUAUGGAAUAUAGGACAGCUUAAGAACAUUUCUCCACGCCACUCAUGUCACGGAAGCUUCCGAUGUCAAAGCGGUAAAUUGCGAGAAGUGGGGCAUGAGGUAAGAGGCGCGAAAAGGGAAAUCUCGUAACAUAGUUUCAAAACGCUGUUUUGGACGCUAAUGUGGAGGACUUUGAUAGAACUACCAGCAAUAUUAAUAUACAAGCUGCGACCUCCUCGUCCCAUGUCACCAAUCGCGGAACUUGCCGCCGCUUGGAACU